AUGGCAUCGAAUUCGCGGCGGAAUGCGGAGGUAGAAGGGGAUGUGCCAAUGGAGCCUGUUGAGCAGAAGGCUACUACAGAUGAAACCCAGACAUCCGAUAAUGACGGCGGCGAACGCCCGGUGCGAAGGAAGCUGAAGGAAACCUCUAUCACCUCGGCCCCGCAGAGCUUGAACCCCGCAAACGCCGAAGAGUCGCAGCACGGUGGAAACAGCAGGGCUAGCAGCAGGGGCAGGAAGCGAUCAUUCAACGAAGACGAACAGGAGAAUAAUGAGGAGGACGCCGGCCACAGACGGAAAAGGUCGCGCAGUUCGAAUGUCGAAGAAGGUAUUGGAAAAGUCCAAAAUGACCUGUCGUCGAAGAUUAUGAGCCCGCAGAAGAAGAGAAGCCGGGACCAACUGGAUAAGGAGGAACCCAAGAUAGGGGCCGCGGCCGGCAAGAAGGUUACUGAGGAUUCCGCUGAAAAAGAGGCCAAGCCAGCAGCGGAAGGGGAACCCGAGAAGAAGCGGCAUCGGGAUGAUUCUCAGGAGAGGGGGUCGAAGGCUCCCCUUCCAAGCGCUUUCGCGAACACUUCAUCUGUUUCCCCCUUCGGGUCCAUUGGAGUUUCGAAACAAGCUGCCAAGGAAGAAGACAUUGCAAACAAGCCUCAAACUACUUCCAAGUCUGCCUUCGCCUCGUCGAGUUUAGCUGCUUUCUCUGGUUCCGAACAGUCGCCUUUCAGCUCCAUUGGAGGUUCUACCACAUCCGUGUUCAGAAAACCGGCUACUACGGAGCCUGAGAAGCCUAAGACCGGAUUUGCUGCAGCAGAGGGGCUUUCACCGUUUGCCGCCGCUGCGCCUUCUGGAUUUGGAGGCAUGAGCUCUGGGUUUGCUGGUUUCAGUGGCGGAUUUGGUGCGGCCGCUAAGACAGGGGGAGGCCUUACCAGCUUUGCUGCCCCAGGUGGUUCUAGUCUUUUGAACAGUACCUCCGCCAAACCUUUCGGGGCUGCGGAUGAGGACGAGAAGGAAGACGAUGAAGAAGAAGAUGAAGCCGAGAAGGGUCCUGGGGAGUUUGAACAAGACAAGACUGAUGAGAGAUUCUUCGAGCGAGAGAUUGAAACCGGUGAGGAGGAAGAGAAGACAUACUUCUCCUGCAAAGCGAAGCUCUUCCAAUUCUCCGACAAGGAAUGGAGAGAGCGCGGCAUCGGUACCUUCAAGGUGAAUGUUAAAGUAACAGACGGCAAGGAGGAUAAGAAAGCCGUACGAUUGAUCAUGCGGGCCGAUGGCGUUGGGCGUGUUAUGCUCAAUACGCCGAUUUUCAAAGGCAUGAAUGUCGGCGAUGCUACAGGCAAAGAACCUAAGGCAACAAAGCAGAUUCUCCUGGCUAGUCUGGAGAGUGGUCGUUCUGCUCCGAUCCUGCUUCGGACCGGAAGCGAGGACAACGCAAGGGAUCUCUACAGAGUCGUUUGCGACUUACUGAAGGAACAAUAG